UUUGUUUAACGUAAAGCUGCUAUCUUUUAUUGACAAAUGGCCAUUUUUAAAUCUCGAAUAAAAUAAUUUCAACAAAUAAAAAUGCCACCUGCUCCAAAGUGUUGCCAGAUUAGCAAUUUACACAUAUAUGUCAAGAAUCUCAAGCCAACAAAUUAUUGUAAUGAUAUGUGGGAGUAAAUUGUCAGUGGUUCCUGUCAACAGGUCGACCCUGAGGCCAUGCGUAAUUCUGCCCUGGUGCUGUCCUGGUUGCGGAUCGUUCAGGCUGCGCGUAACAGAGAGGAACAAAACACGGAGGCCUUUCUGAAAGCGGGUCAGCUGUAUGUGCGGACCACCAGAGACAUCAAGCAGGAGGAGGAGCUGCUGGUGUGGUACGACCAGGAGCUGUCUCACCUACUGGGCUUCACAGACAUGACCAAAGGAUCAAAAGAAGAAUUCAAAUGUGGACGUUGUAGUCAGGUCUUCAAAAAUGAAUAUCCUUUCCUGGCUCACUGCCGAUUCAUGUGUACUCAAGUAAAGAGUGACACUUGGAGCCGCGAGGUUUACGAGCACAAACACGUGGAAAUAAAGAGGCAGCACAAAGUGACAGAUUUCCACAACAUCGCCAGAGAUUUGGAACACAAAAAAUCUGGCAGCAACGAGGAUGCCGAGAUUUCCCCCAAGAGGAGGAAAACGAGGAAACUCUUUACCCCAAAUGGCGGAAAAACUGUUCUGCUAGAAAAAACUAACAUUUCUAAUGAUUGA